AAAAGAGGAUGGUACAACUUCCGAGAGGUCGUUCGGGGUUGUUUUAUUAUACCGUGAUUUUCGUGAAGUCUUGGUUUUAUAUGACUGGAUUAAUGUUGUUCUAGAAAUCUAAAUGAUUAUAUCCCUAUCUUGAGCUGUUGAUAUUGUAUGCAAAAGGGUAUUUUUAAUUUGGUGAUGUGACAUUGGAUUUUGUCUCAAUGCGAGUGAAGGAAGGAGCAACUGGACCUGCCGAUAUGGGUAAGAAGAGAAACAGAACCAAGCAAACAGACUAUCAUAAUACAUCAGAUGAAGAAACCGUUAAAGGUAAAGAAUGUACCCAUCUUGAGAAGUCUGUCAGCUUGACUGGUGUGAAGAAGGGUCUCAAGAAUUAUGGCUUUGGACAGUGCUCAUCAUGUACUAGUGAUAAAGGAAGUGGAAGCAGUGUUAAGAAAAGCAGUCCUGUUGAUGAAGUAGAUGGUGAUGUCUUUGAGCCGGUCAUAUGGCUUUGUCUAGCAUGUGGAAGUCAGGGAUGUUGUCGUAAUAGUCCAGCCCAGCACGCCUUGAAACAUUUUGAGACACCUAGGACAGGUUCACAUUCUGUAGCUGUCUGCUUGGCUAAUUGGAAUGUGUGGUGUUACAAGUGUGACGAUGCAAUCAGCCCAUCAGAGAGCAAGAAACUAGGAGAGUGUAUGGAUUGGAUUAAGAAACAGGCAUUUCAACAAAAACCUGCUGAAAAAUCAGCCAGUAAAAAGAAGAGCAAAGAAGCAGACGUUGAUGAGAGUCAUGUCAGAACAUCGUCGUCUCCAAUUCGAUCACCACUACUUACAAGGGAGGGAUCACUACCUAAAGUUAGGGGGCUAAACAACCUUGGCAAUACCUGUUUCUUCAAUGCUGUAAUGCAGAACCUGACUCAAACCCAUGUCUUGAGAGAUCUUCUUCAUGAGAAAUGGUCGUCAGGUAAACAGCUAGUUGUUCCCACGGAUACACAUCUUUCUGUUUCCACCAAUCAAAAUGGAAUCGGCAAGGACUCUGAGAAAGAGCCAUUGGUACCAAUCACCAUCACAGUAGCUCCCCUACAGCCCUUGACAUCAUCAUUGAUUGAAUUCCUAGAUGAAAUGCAGAAACCAACCAAGUCAACAUCAAUCAAUCCAAGAGCUCUCUUCAAUCAAGUUUGCAAUAAAGCAUCAAGGUUUAAAGGUUACCAACAACAGGAUAGUCAUGAACUAUUGAGAUAUCUAUUAGAUGGAAUGAAAGCUGAAGAGAUCAAGCGUAUGCAACAAGGUUUGACGUCAACUUUUGAUGUAAAGAAGGCCAAGGUGAAGAACCUAGAUGAGGCAACUAAGAAAAAAAUAAAAGAGUAUGGUAAUCACAGCAAACACACGUUUGUUGAUACAGUGUUUGGAGGUCAUCUGAUCAGCUCAGUCAAAUGCAACGAAUGUCUUAAUAUCUCAGAAAUCCUUGAACCAUUCCUAGACCUGUCUUUGCCAAUCACCGAAGCCAAGGGCAGCAAAAGAAACCUGUCAAGUAGUAAAAGCCUUGAUAGACCAUCAAUGAAUGACCAGCAGAUGUCACACGAUGGCGACAAACAGACCUUGGCUGCAACAGCUGCAGCAGCAUCAGUACCAGAGGAAACAAAACUCAGUAAACAUCAGAUGAAUAAACAAAAGGAGAAGGCCAAGAAAGAAGCAAGAAGGAAAACAAAGAAAAACAGGACUCUUUCCCAAUCCGAGGAUCCCAUAGAUGAAAAGAAAGAUUCUCCCAUCCAGUCUGACAAUGAAGAAGAAGAAAGGAGAGAAGAAGGAGUCGGCUACCGAGAUCCUAACGAUGCCGACAGUGAGGCAUCGGUCCUUGAUCGUCUUAGUAAUGCUGGAAGCAGUAGGAGAUGCAGUGAACAGACUGCUGCAGGUGAUGUUGGUAUCGGUGGUCUGCCUAACAACCUUCCUGAAGUACCAUCAGAGAAGGAGAACGAGGAAGCUCAUGAGUCGCAGAAUGGUUUGGAUAAGGUCGGAAGCACAGAUCGGCUGUCUUUGAGCAGUAGAGCCAGCACGAGUAGCAGUUCAAGUAGACUUAGUCCGUUGCCCCAGGGUAAUUCUUUCAAGGCAUUGGGUGAUGAACUCUCUGCAACGACGGAUGAUGAUAAGAGAACUGGUAGCGAAGAGGGCAAGGUGGUUAAGGAGAGUGGAACUGUCAAAAACAUUCGUAACAAGAUGGCAUCGUUGGGUUUACAGGAUUCAGAAAAGAGGACAGUUAAAGUAGAAGAAAGGUCCGACGAGAAAUGUGAGCAAAACAUAAAGGUUGAACCAAGUGUGAAUGAGAAUGGAAAGGAAGCGCCUAAAGUGAACGGCACUAUGGAUGAUUCUGAUGACAAGGCUGGUGAGAAUGGCAAGGAUGGUUCAGAUAUGCUGAAGAACAAGGAAGAGCCUCCGGUGCAGAACGGUGUGGAAUCUGAUGACCCUAAGAUUGAGAAGCUUCACGGUGGCAAUGAGAGAACUUUAAAUGGGCCCUCUGGAAUAGCACCCCUAGCUAAGAUUCAUGAACUAGGUGAAAGCCUUGCCGAGUGUAAUAAUGUGGAUUCAAAGAAAAGUAAGAUUCAUGAACUAGGUGAAAGCCUUGCCGAGUGUAAUAAUGUGGAUUCAAAGAAAAGUAAGAUUCAUGAACUAGGUGAAAGCCUUGCCGAGUGUAAUAAUGUGGAUUCAAAGAAAAGUAAGAACACAUCUAAUGCCGCCACAAAAGAAGAGAGCACAGCAUCUACAACUAACAAGAACAGUGGAUCUAAAAUGGGCAAGACAAAACCGCAUCCAAUCUCAACUCAAACUGUUGCCAAGCUUAAUGCAAUGAGUCCUCCCGUUUCACCCGUAUCACCCACAAGUCGAGCCCGCGUUGCUUCAACCCUUGCCCCCAGGUACCAGUCUAAGAACCAAGAAUGCUCUGUGAUGUCCUGCCUCAACCAGUUCACAGCUCCAGAGCUGCUCACAGGGACUAACAAGUUUGGAUGUGAGACCUGCACAAAAGCGCACAAAGUGGAAGGUAAAGAGAAGGUAAAGUACACUGAUGCAAGCAAACAGCUUCUGAUCCAUCAACCACCACCAAUCCUUACCCUACAUCUCAAAAGAUUUCAACAGGUUGGCUAUAAUCUUAGGAAGAUCACAAGACACAUAGAAUUUCCUUCAAUCCUUGAUGUAGCUCCAUUCUGCAGCACAGCAUGCAAGAGAUAUGCAAACAGUGAGAACAGGGUUCUAUAUAGCCUUUAUGGUGUGGUUGAACAUAGCGGGAGACUGCAGUUUGGUCAUUAUACAGCCUUUGUGAAAGUAAGACAACCUAACCAGACAUUAACCCUUUACACGCUGGGAAUCCCAAGAACGUUAAAUCUUCUCAAUGAGACGUGUGAUCGACAAAGGACGGAGAAGAACAACGAGGAGCGGCUCGCGAAGGAGAAGUUGCGGUCGUCUGGGAAGAAGCACGAGGAGGGCAGCGAUGGAGAGAACAUGGAGAAGAAGCCUGAAUCGCAGAAUAAAACGAGCAACUCCGUAAAUCACUUGGUUCCUGAGCGAAACCACAUACAAAGCGCGGUUUUGCCGUUUCAUGCCGGGCGUAACGUGAGUGUUCCGGUGGGCAAGUGGUACCAUAUCAGCGAUACGCAUGUGACCGAAGUGAACGAGAGUAAGGUGUUGAAUGCCCAAGCUUACAUUCUGUUUUAUGAACGACUUAUUUCAUAGUAAAGCUUCUUCCAGGUUAUGUUUUAAUGCUCAUCUAUGUACAUUGUCUUUGUGUUUCAAAUGCUCUCUUAUUAAAUAAGGCUUUGAUUAUGUUUCUGGGGAGUGUUUCAUCAAACCUCUUGUCAGUGAUUUUCAUUGAUUUGUUUGCUCCUAGCCAAUCAGAUGCAAGGAUUUCAGUAGCCUGUAACAAUUGACAGUGAAAGUCACUGAAAAUUUGUUUAAUGAAAUGCUCUCCAGAUGUUUUGUUGAUACUAAAAAUCUUUCCUUUUUGAAGAAGUUUUAAUCAUGCCAUGGAAGUACUGUGAAUGAAAUGAACUUUUGUAUAAGCAAUGAAAUUACACUAUCAACGAAAAACAAGAAACUUUGAUGAAUAUAAAGGAACAUCUUCGGCCAUUUCUAAUGAUUUUUUUUCUUCAAACUGCGGAAAAUAUAAUUUGCCUCUCAUCUAUUGAGAGAAUUGGAUGCUGUUAUAUGUCUUUAGUUGGUGGAAUUGAGUGCAAAUCAGCUUCAAAUAAUACAGAUCUAAGGAUAUUGUCAAAACUUAUAAAGAAUAUAGCAUAGAUGAUGGGAUAUAUUCAACAAUUAUUUCAUGAUGUGCCAACGUUGAUAUUACUUGAGUACUCGAUUGCCAACAAAAUAUGCAUUUUAUUUUAUAGAAAAUCCCUGGGUCUUGCUUCCUCUCUAUCUGCUAUAAAAUACAUAAAGUGUCUUUUUUGAGUAUGUUAAUGUGCUGCUCCAUGUGAAUCAGUGAACAGUAGCAUUAUAUAUCUAUUUUAUUCUUGUAUGUUGUUUGAAGAGAAAAGGGUAUUUGUGAAAAUGAAUCUAUGUUGAAUGUAAAUACAUGUAUGUAUGUAUACUGCAGCUGAGUUUGUUAUGAAUAUGAGUUCCGAUAUUUGUUUCUCUGAUUUUCUUGAUGAUACCUCUGGAAUCCUUUUAUUUUUUUGUCUGAACACUUUCAAUAUGAACUACAUGUACAGUGGAUCAUUCGUACGGGGGCUUCAAAACAACCUAAAAGUGAGAUCAUAGAUUUUUUUUCUAGUGAAUGAAUUUAAUACAGACCUCUCUCUCUGAUACUCUUCAUUCUUCUUCCCUUUUUAAAUUUUUAACUCUUUUGUCCACUUUCCUUUUCUCCAUUAUUUGAAAAAUAUCAAGCUAUUCAAGAUUCCACAUCACAUGAUUAUUAUGCAAUAGCUUCUACUUAUUACAAGCAAUGCAUUUUAUCUUCCCUGUGAAAAUUCUUGGGGUCUUCUUUUUUUUCCCUUCUUCUUUUUUGGUUACGUAUAUAUAUUUAUAUAUAACCUCAAGGAGCUUCAAAGUAAUGAAAGUUUUGAAGCUUCCCAAUAUCUAUCAUUUGAUUUUAAUGGUAAAUGUAGAUGUAGAUGCAAGAAAGAAGAUGUUUCAAUUUUUUAUUCAGAAAUUUUCAACUCGUCGAUAUCUUAUGUGUGCCUCCUGUUCUUAACAGCAUACAUGAACUGAGAUAAUAGAGGACAAUCAAAAUUCUAUUAGUUCUAUAAGUAUGUAACAGCAUAAAUAUUAUGUAUAUGUAAGAAAAUGCAGUCAAAUGGUAUUCGAAAGGUUUGUAGAUAUUAAUGGAUUAUUAAUGUAUACACAAUGGACUAUUGUACAAUGCGGGAAGUAGAGGUAGUGGAUGAUGUCUCUUAUUCAUGUAGAAUACAUUCUGACAUCUCAUAUUCCUACCCAAUUCUUCAUCUUACCUUUCUCACAGAUUUCCUAUUUUUCUCUUUGUGUAAGUCUCGUGUAAAAUAUCAUAUUUGUUUUCCUUUUUUGUUCCCCCCCUCCUGGGUGUUGCUCCUUUUUUUCAACAAAUAAAGUCAUCAGGUCAUUCAUCUUACAGCCUUCAUAGUUCAAAAGGCGCGAUAGCUCAGUCGGUAGAGAGGGGGUUCCGGAUUCCAGUAACCCUGGUUCGAUUCUCAAGUGGUGCGCUAGUGCCCUUUGGUAAGGCAUUUAUCCUCAUUACCAGGUCCAUCAGAGAGGACUUUAAGCUGUUGGUCCCCUGGUUGCUUGCUCACAGGCAUUCGUGCUUUCUUAGCAGUCGGUAUAACAAAAGAUAACACACUCUUGAAAUAUCCUUCUGGAAGAUCAAAACCUACACUUGGUGAUAGAGCAUUUUCACA